AUGAGGUUUGACAAUGCAAAUUAUGCAGCAGCAGCAAGUUCAGCCGGAUCUACUCCUGUAACGAGGCCCAAAGCAAGAACUAAUGCCAGGAAUAACACUGGGAAUGAAACACUAAGGCAAGGGAGAGUGUUUGCUCUAGUACCUGGGGAAGUACAUAAUACUAAGCUAGUAGUGUCAGGAAUAAUUUCUAUCUGUGCACAGAAUGCCUAUGUAUUGAUUGAUUCUGGAAGUUCUACGAUGUGCACCCAUGUAUAUCCUGUAUGUGAUGUUUUGAUUGGUGAUAUGACAUUGUACGUUGAUUUGCUGCCUUUGAGCAUUGACCACUUUGAUUUUCCUCCACCCUACUUGAUUUCAUUCAUGAAAGCCAGAAAGUUGUUGAGAAAAGGUUGUCGAGGUUACUUGUGCAGUGUAAUGCCUAUAUCUUUGGAUAGUACCAGUGUGGAAGCUAUUCCUGUGGUUUGUGAAUUUCCUGAUGUGUUUCCUAAUGACCUACCCGGAAACCUAAUUGAUAGGGAAAUUGAGUUUACCAUUGAUAUAAUACUUGGAACACAACCUAUUUCUAAAACUCCCGAUGAGAUUGUUGCGCUUUGGAUGAAAAAUGCGCUAUUUUUGGUGGAUCGAUCAGAAUUGGGACUCGAUGCUGAGGCGAUGGGUGAUAGUAGAGGGGUCGAUGUCUGGCAUGUCUGUAUGGGUCCAAACGAAGACAUUCUGGUGUUUAGUGAGGAGAGCUAUAAGGUUAACUUUGGCAUGAAGGCUUAG